UCCAAAGUUCCAUGAAUGGUUCCGAAUGUGGCACACCAAAGAAGUGAUGCCUCCGAACUCAUGACCUACUGGCAGAGAGAUAUGAUCUCCUUCUUUUUUUAUGAUUUAAUUUUCGUAAUAAUUAUCUUUAAAAUCAUAAAAAUCAUUAUGGGUAAAUCAAAAUCGAAGAAGAAGAAAUGGGUCAAAAAUUUAGAAUCUGAAUCUACAGAAUCAGAGAUUCCUAUACCAAAUUUGCCAGAAAAAAUCCUUUUAAUGCGAGUAAAAAGUGGUACAAAAAUCAGAAAUGUUCUUGGAUAUGCGUUAAAAGAAUUCGCAAAUUAUAAUUGUAUUGUUUGGACCGCAACAGGUCAUGGUAUUGGAAAAGCUAUUUCUUGUGCAGAACUUUUCAAAAAGAAGCAAGAAGGUCUUCAUCAAAUCACUAGAUUACGCUAUGUAGAAUCACAGAAAUCAAAAGAGGAAAAUAAAACUAAUGUAAAUGUAGAAACUCGUCAUGCACCAGAAAUACAUAUUUUUCUCGGAAAAGAAGUAAAAGAUAUAUCCGUACCUGGUUAUCAAGCACCUGGUGAUAAUGGACAAUUCAUAAAUAAUGAAGAUAUGAAAAAUGGAGGAAAAGAGAAGAAAGAAGAAAUUGGUAAUAAUUUGAGUUGUAUUGAUGCCGAAGAAUUUGCAGCUAUGGGUUUGAGAACUGGUCAAAAAAGAUCAAAGAAAGAGCAUCAAACAGAAGCACCACAAAAAAAUAAAAAGAGAGAAAAUGAUGAUCGAUAA